AUGCCGAUCCUACAGCGACCCAGCCAGUUGCUAACUGCUCCUCGGAUCAUCACGCGACCCAGUACUGACCCGUCACAGAAGCCCAAGGCAAAGGCAGCUGCCGUCAAGAAAGCGCCAGCGAAGAAGCUGACGCAGACUACACUGAAGACGAAAGCUGUACCCAAGAAGCGCGCGAAACCCGAGAGCGACGACGAAGAUGGCGCCUCAACUUUCUCUAACACCCCGCCUAGCGCCAAGAAGCUUAAGAAAGCCCCCGCUGCGAAGAAGUCCAGUGGAAAUCCCCUCUCAGAGAUCGAGAACGACAGCGUGAUGAUCGACGACGAGGAGCCUGCCGCGCCAAAGACCAAGAAGAAUGCCACCGAUACCUACCAGAAGCUCACCCAACUGGAGCACAUCAUCAAGCGUCCCGAUACCUACAUUGGUUCCGUCGAGCCCACUGAGCAACCCAUGUGGGUUUUCAACAAGGAGACGAAGCUCAUGGAGUACCGCAAAGUCACAUUCGUCCCUGGUCUGUACAAGAUUUUUGACGAAAUUCUUGUCAACGCCGCCGACAACAAGCAGCGCGAUGCCACCAUGACUACCAUGAAGAUUACCGUUGAUCGCGAGGCAGGCGAGAUCUCCGUUGAGAACAACGGUAAAGGCAUUCCCGUCGAGAUUCACGGCAAGGAAAAGAUCUACAUCCCCGAGAUGAUCUUCGGUCACCUCUUGACUGGUUCCAACUACGACGACGACGAGAAGAAGACGGUCGGUGGUCGCAACGGUUACGGAGCCAAGCUGUGUAACGUCUUCAGUGAGCAGUUCACUCUUGAGUGCCAGGACUCCAACAACGGAAAGAGAUACAAGCAGGUCUGGACCGACAACAUGAGCAAGUGUGGCAAGGCGAAGAUUUCCAGCAGCAAGACUAGCGACUUUGUCCGCGUCACCUUCAAGCCUGACUUCAAGCGCUUUAGCAUGACAGGUAUCGACGAUGAUCUGGAGGCUCUCAUCAACCGUCGCGUCUACGACAUGGCGGGUACUGUUCGCGGUAUCAAGGUGUACUUGAACGGCACCCACAUCAAGCUCGCGUUCAAGGGCUACUGUGAGAUGUAUGCCAAGGCCAUCUCCAAGGAACGUGGCGCAGAGGAGGGCGUCGAGCCCAAGGUCGUUGUCGAGGUUGACAAGACCGAUGCGCACCCCCGAUGGGAGGUUGCUUUCACCGUGUCAGACGGCUCCUUCCAGCAAGUUUCGUUCGUCAACUCCAUUGCCACAACGUCAGGUGGUACACACGUCAACUAUGUUGCCGACCAAAUCACCGGCUCGUUGCUCAAAACUCUCGACAAGAAGAAGAAGGGCCACGCCCUCAAGCAGAACCAUAUCCGCAAUCACAUCUUUAUCUUUGUGAACUGUCUUGUCAACAACCCAGCCUUCACUUCCCAAACAAAGGAGCAAAUGACCACCAAGGUCAGCCAGUUUGGUAGCAAGUGUCCGCUCACUGAGGAAUUCCUAAAGAAGAUCGCCAAAUCAGACGCAAUCCAAAACAUCAUCGACUUUGCCGAGAAGAAGGCGGACAAGAUGAUGGCCAAGAGCGACGGAAAUAAGCGAUCCCGCAUCAGCAACGCGAAACUAGUUGAUGCUAACUUGGCUGGCACUCGCCACGGCCAUGAAUGUACACUCAUUCUCACGGAAGGUGACUCUGCCAAGAGUUUGGCUGUCGCCGGUCGUGCGAUCCUGGAUCCCGAUCGCAUCGGAGUUUUCCCCCUUCGUGGUAAGAUGCUCAACGUGCGAGAUGCGUCCAUCGACCAGAUUACGAAGAACGCCGAAAUCCAGAACAUCAAGCAGUUCAUGGGUCUCAAGCACAAGCAGACAUACACCGACACCAAGAGUCUGCGAUAUGGUCACCUGAUGAUCAUGGCCGAUCAGGAUCACGACGGUUCUCAUAUCAAGGGUCUUCUCAUCAACUUCUUGCAAGUCCAGUACCCGUCCUUGCUGCAGAUUCCCGACUUCUUCCGGGAAUUUAUUACUCCUAUCGUCAAGGUCUGGCAGGGACCCAAUCCGAAGAAACCCCAACGCCUCAAGUCAUUCUUCACUCAACCUCAGUACGAGGAGUGGAAGGAUAACAACAGGAACGAUCUUUCCAGGUGGCACUACAAGUACUUCAAGGGUCUGGGUACCAGUUCAAACGAAGACGCCCAAGUCUACUUUACCAACCUUGAUGACCAUCUGAAGGAGUUCGACACGAUGAAGACUGAGGAGGCCGACCUUUUCGACCUUGCCUUCUCCAAGAAGAAGGCGGACGCCAGAAAAGAGUGGCUCGGAAGCUUUGUGCCCGGUACUUUCCUCGACCAGUCUACCAAGACCAUCUCGUACACCGACUUUGUCAACAAGGAACUCAUCCUCUUCUCCAUGGCUGAUAACAUGCGUUCCAUUCCUUCUGUUCUAGACGGAUUGAAGCCCGGUCAACGUAAAGUCAUGUACGCCUGUUUCAAGAGGAACUUGGUCAAAGAUCAGAAGGUCGUUGAAUUGGCCGGUUACAUUUCUGAGCAGACUUCUUACCACCACGGUGAAGUAUCUCUGCAGCAGACCAUCAUUGGACUCGCCCAGACCUUUGUGGGUUCAAACAACAUCAACUGCUUAGAGCCCUCCGGAAACUUCGGUUCCCGACUUGCCGGUGGUUCAGAUGCUGCCAGCCCUCGUUACAUUCACACGAGACUGUCGCCAUUUGCAAGGAAGAUCUUCUCUCCCCUCGACGAGCCCAACCUGGACUCCCAGUACGAAGACGGAAAGAGGAUUGAGCCCAAGGUCUACGCACCAAUCAUUCCCAUGGUUCUUUGCAACGGUGCUGACGGUAUCGGUACUGGUUGGAGUACUUCCAUCCCCAAUUACCAUCCAAUUGACAUUGUUAACAACCUGAAAAGACGCAUGGGUCGCCUCGAUGGUGAGGAUGGCGAGGAUGGCGUGUUCCAGACCAUGAUGCCGUGGUUCCGUGGCUGGAAGGGCACCCCUGAGCAGGCCGAGAAGGAUCGCUAUAAGUUCAACGGUAUUUGCGAGCUUGAUGAGAAGACUGGUGAGGUCAUCAUUACUGAGCUUCCUAUCCGCAUGUGGACAGAUGAUUUCAAGGCCAAGCUCGAAGAAGUCAUCAGCGGUACUAAAGGCCCAGUUUGGAUCAAGGACUACAAGGAAUUCAACGACCACAAGAACGUCCACUUUGUUAUCCAAAUGGACGACAAGCAAGUCAAGGACGUUACGAAGGACGGCCUCAUGGAGCGUUUCAAGCUCUCCAAGCAGGUCGCAACCUCCAACUUGGUCGCCUUUGAUACCAACGGUCAGAUUCGAAAGUACGAAAAGGUGGAAGACAUCUUGGAGGAGUUCUAUCACUAUCGUCUCGAUAUGUACGCCCAGCGCAAGAAGCAUUGGCUGGGUGUCUACCACUCAGACUUCAGAAAGCUUUCUGAGCAAGCCCGCUUCAUCAGGGAAAUCAUCGACGGCAAGCUCGUCGUUGCGAAGAAGAAGAAGCAGGUUCUCGUCGAGGAGCUCGCCAAGCGCAAGUACGAGCCUUUCCCCAGAAACAAGGACAAGAAUGUCAAGAAGAAGUCCACCGACGAAGACAUGGAGGGCAAUGACGACGGUGAAGAGGAGGAGGCCGACGAGCAGACGAACGGCUACGACUACUUGCUUUCUAUGCCCAUUUGGAACUUGACUUAUGAGCGUCUUGAAAGACUUCAGAAGCAAAUUGAGAACAAGAAGGCCGAGCACGAUGCACUUCUUGCUCUUAGUGAGAAGGACCUCUGGUCAAAGGAUCUCGACGAGUUCGUGGCCGAGUGGGAGACCCAGAUGGCCAUGGACGCUGAAAUCCAGACCAACAUUCGGAGACUCGGUAGGCGAGUGUCUAAGAAGAUUGGUGCUGGCAAGGGUCGGAAGACGAAGAAGGAGGACGAUGACUACGCACCCGGGGAGAAGAAGCGUCCUGGGCCCAAAGCCAAGGCUGCCGCCAAGGUCACCGAGAAGGCUGCUGACAGGUUCGCCGCCAUGUUCGAGAAGGACAAGACGAAGCCAAAGAAGGAGGACGCUGAUUCGGACGCAUUCUCGGACAAUGACUUUGCAGCUCUUGGUGGCAGAAAGAAUGCUGCCAAGCCCGCGGCUGAGCCGACCCGCCCCAGAGCCGCCGCCACCAAGAAGAAGCCCGUCUACCAGCUGAGCGACACUGAUGACGACGACGAAGAUUUUGCUAGCCUUGGCAAGAGCACCUCUGCUCCGGCGGAGUCGGCGGUCGAGGACGAUAACUCUUCGCAGAGCCAGAAGUCCGCAACGGCCAAGAAGCCUGCGCCCAAGAAGUCUGCACCCAAGGUGGAAGAGUUGCUCAGCGACGAUGAUGACGACUUUGAAAACCUUGGCAGCAAGAAGACCUCCAGCGACAAGGCCGCAUCAAAGUCCGCAUCGGUUGAGCCUGCACCCAAGAGCAAGCGCGCCGCUGCAACGAAGAAGUACGUCAUUGAGGAUGAAUCUGACGAAGAUGACGACUUUCAGAGUGCUGCCGAGAUGAGCGCGUCCCCUGAACCGAAGCCUGCAAAGCCCGCCGCCAACGGCAGAAACCAGAGGGCUGCGACCACCACCAAGAAGUCAAAGUACGUUAUUGACGAUGAAUCUGAGGAGUCCGAGGUGGAGGAAAACCACAUUGGAGACAUUGGUUCUCUGGUCCGCGGAAUCGGCGCGCCCAAGUCAGAGACUGAGAAAGGCCGACUUAGUUUGUUCGCCAUGAACCGUCCUGACAAUGGGCGUGACUCCACCUUGCCCAAGAUCAAGACUAAGGCCUCGAGGACCUUUGACGACGAUAGUGUCGACGAUACCAACUACGAGAUGCUGGCUCGGUCGUCUCCUCAUAAGACCUUCAACAAGGGCGACGACAUUGACAGCUUCUUGAGCGAUGACGGUGCUCCUGCCACCAAGGGUUCCAAGGCAAAGGACUCCAAGGCUGCUCCUGCUGCUGCAGUGGCCAAGAAGGCUCGCGGUCGUCCCGCUGGAGCGAAGAACAAGGCCAAGGACGCCGAAGCAGCACCAGCACCCAAGGCGAAGCCCAAGGCAAAGGCAGCUCCCAAGCCGCCUACGCUUUCACCCGCCGCCAAGGCCUAUGCUGCUAAGAAGGCGACGAAGCGUGCGGUGAGCGACGACGAGGAUGAUGAUGUUGACAUGGAAGACCCUGAGUCCCCGCCUCGUCCCGCUGCUCGAAGCAGACCUGGGCGCGCGGCUGCGACCAAGGCGAAGGCGAAGCCCACCUAUGUCAUUGAGGAUGACAGUGAGAUGGACGUCGACCAGAGCGAGGACCCGUUCGACAUGGAUGAUAGUGAUUAG